ACCUUGCCAAGCAAUACAGGAGCAGUGGAUGUUGUGAUCUGAAAUACGAAAGUUUUGUAUUAUUGCACCGUAUUUGUCCGAAAUAAUUCGUUGUCAAUAUGAUGGUAGAACAUGUACGAAGGUGUAGAGAAUUCACUGGUCCUACUCCUCAUUCAGUAGCCAUUGUAAGUUCACGAUUUUUUCUUCAGAUCUCAGAAAUGUUUAGUGCGUGCCUUUUACUAUACCUUCUAUUAACAAGCUUUCCCUUCAAACAGUUGUGCUUAUCUUGUAUGAGUGAAAACGUUUAAGUUCCUAAGAUAAAAUUAAAAAUUCCUUAAUAGAAGUACUUUGCAGCUUAAAUAGGAGAUACAACGUUUUCUUGUAUUAUGUACGUACGCUUCGCAGAAAGCCAAACCCACGAGCAAACGGCCAGUUGAACAUCUCAUCCUUGAAACAAGGAGAAAAGAUGAACUUAGAGAGCAAGCAAUUGCUGAAACCAAGUACCAGAAACAGUGUGAUUUGAAGGUAAGAUCAUUAUUGCUGUUUUUAUCUUCGGUAGGUCAGUGUCUGCAGCAAGAAGUACAAUUUAAUGUAAGGUUAUAUAACUUUAAAGCAAAACAUAAGGAUGUGUAUCGGUAAUGUAAGCUUAAAUUGUAUUUUUAUUUAUUUAAGUCGAUUUUAUUUUAAAAGAAAUGUCCCCACGUUCUUCUUUUUCUAGUCCGAAUGGGAGAAAGCAACUGAUAAAAGAAUAAAAAGUAAUACAAUUGCUAGGCGAGUGGAGAAGCUAAUGCAGAGGGGAACGUUUAGUUUGGAGGACAGGAGAGAAAGGUUGGAGUUUAAUCAUUUUUAAUAGACAAAUACCAAAUAAAUAUAUAUUAUAGUGUAUGUAUGUGAGAACACUGUUAAUGUCUCUAUAACAGCCACCUUUGAGGGGAUCAAGACACAAACUCAAACGGCUGAGUUGAAGAGGGGGAUUUCCUUAACAUUAGAAGGUGCAUUUUAGUAGUCUGAGAAAACAGCCGACAUUUGGCGAUGCUACCACUGGUUUCCCUGCCAAAUGAUGUCUGAGAAAUGAGCACAGAAAUUCCAUACUGAUCACACGUCACUGUCCACAUCUGAGUAGUGCUUCUGGUUGGUCUGCUGUGUGGGAAAUUUGCAUGACCAAUCAGAAGCACUACCCGGAUCUGGGUAGGACGUGUCAUCAGUAUGGAAUUUCUGCACUCGUUUCCCAGACGUCAUUUGGCAGGGAAACCAGUGGUAUCAUUGCCAAAUGUCGGCUGUUUUCUCAGGCUAGCAUUUUAGUGGCCAUUGUGGUUGUGGAAUGGUUGCAAUAUUAUAGAGAGUUAAAGAAAAGUGUAAAAUGUGUGAACUCUCUGCCAGGACAAGAAAAAGUGUACAAUGGUGAAAGGUGGCCUUGGCAGAGGUUUAACUGAUAAGUAUUAUAUUAGAAACAAAAUGUAGGUAAUGGAACAUGACUCUUCCAUCCUGGCAGUACAUUUGUACUAGUGUUCGGAAUUGGCCAAGAUUUAAUAAGUGGUCAUCAGAAAUAAUCAGAUCACCCUGGGAAAAAUCUCCUUUGUCUAGGUUUUUAUCAACAGCUAUUUUUAGUCUAUGUUGAAAUUUUGUCAACGUACAAAUUAUUUUGUUCGCUCUUACUGCUUAACUUCACUGGAUUCAUGUCUUAAUUUCAAUUCAUGUCUAAUAUCUGUUAUGUUGUUGGGCCUAGGGUAUAAAUAAUUAGUACAUACUCAUCCAUUUGCUCAAACUUAAUGGGCUACCUAUAAAAUGGGUUCUGUAACAAAAAAUAUUUUUGGUUAUUUUUUUUCUCUAGUGAAUGUACAAUAAUAUUAGUAAUGCUUAUGAUAUUAUGAAAUAAAUCAUAUAUGAACUGCAGAAAUGAAAUGAAAAUGAAGAAAUGAUCGUCACAGUGAAAAAGAAGCCUGAAAAAAAAUUUUUUUUCAAUAUUAGUAAUGUGUAAUAGCCAUUUAUAAAUUAUAUAUAGAAAUGUCCAAAGCACUGUCUGCGAAGACUUAAUGUCAUUAUCAUUUAUGAAUUUUUACUUUUUCUCUUUAAUAGAUUAAGAGAAAUGCUUCUUGUUGAAGAACAAAGUUAUAUUGAGGAAAUGGAAGCAAAAGAAGAAACAACCCUUGAAAGACAAGCAAAAAUGAGAGAGCGAGCCAAGUUUUUGAAAGAGAAGAGGGAGGAAGAACGACUAAGACUUGUACAGGAAAAAUAUGACCAAAGAUGGAGGUACAGGCAGUAUUACAAAUAGCAUAAUUAUACAAGUCAUUAUUCUGAAAUUACAGUGUAUUGAAUUAAUUAAUUUAUUACACGUAUACAGUGCAAUACAUGCAUAGCGCUUGUCCUGAUUUUUCUGGCCUGACUUACGAUAUUCCUGGUGGUGUUGAAGAUUUAUACAUUUCUUGAGUUUUGACGUGGCCUCAGAUGAUACAUACUUAAUUACAUGUGACUAUAAACGGGGAAAUUUCAGAAUUACAGCUGUAUGGGUGUUCAAUUAAAAAGCUCUGCAGUGUAUGCGUAACAUUCAUUUCUGUAUGAUAGAGUACAUGCAUGUACCAAAAGCUCCUAGAUCUCCAUAAUAAUUUGUUUUCCGGUUUUUAUUUUCAGAGAUAACUGUGAAGAACUCCGCUCAACUCUUACUCAGCGGCACCGAGAUGAAGUUUUCCAGGAGCGUAAUUCACAGCUAGUGAUGAAGGAGCAGCAGAAAAAGAAGGAUGCUGAGGUGGAUAAAUUUUAUGCUGAUUUAUGGGCAAAAGAUAUUGCAAUAAAAAGUCAGAGAGAGGAAGAAACUGCACGAGAACAGAUUGAAAGAAACAGAGAAACUUUAAAGGUACUGGAGAUAAUAAUACUGGUUGAUUAUUUUUCUUUUGCGGUAAAAUCUAGUUAUUGCAGUGAGAUUUGUUAUUAUACUUGCAAUUUAUACGUCUAGCCUUGGGGAAAUUCCAAAGACAUCUGACUCAAUUUGUGAUUUUAAAGUUUACAAAUUAAAUGUAACUAUAAAGUGUUUUCACUCACAUGGCCAGCAUCUAUGCAAAUUUAUUGGAACAAAAGAAAGCAUUUACAUAAGAAAAGACCAACAUGGCCGCCAUUUCAUUGUUUAACACCAAGAUGGCUGCCGUGAUGUCAUGUGAAAAACGCUCUAUAGCAAACUUGAAUCAAGUUCUAGUUUGAAACUAAAAAAAUAGAAAUGAAAUAAGUGAAAAUAACUGAAACUGAGCUAGCAGGAAAAUUUCAUAGUCAAUUUUUUUUCUGCAGAAUUGUAUAAAUGUGAAAAAAAAGAGGUAAAAAAUGCCAUGAUGGUGAAUGUGGUAAGAUGUGAACUUUUGGGGAAUUCUACUUUAAGCUCGAGCAAUUAAAAAUAGGAAAUAAAAUUUUAUGAUCUAUUCUGGGCAACAUUUCAACUGCCUGUGUAUUAUAAUGGCAAAUUUCUGAUGUCUUUAGUUUGUUUCUUGAUUAAAUCAGAUGCAUAAAAUAUACGAACAUUUAAGUAUCAACGCUACAUGUAUGUGAUGAAUGCAUUUCUGAAUCCAUUUUCAGUGCUUUUUUGAAAACGUUGUGUUGAUAACAUAUAACUAACCUGAUUUCUUUUUAAAUAGGUACUACAAGUGCAAAUAUCAGCCUGUGAAAAGCAACGUGAAGAUGAGAAGAAAUUAAAAGAAAUGGAAGCAGAGUGGUUGAAAGAAGAAGCAAGGCUAAGAAAAGAGGAAGAGAAAUGGCUUCAGGAAGAAAAAUUACGCAAACAGAAAGCUGCCAAAAAAUCCAGGGAGGUGUCCAUUAGACUUAAAAAAGAGAAAGAGGUUUGUGACAUGAUACUCUUGCUUUUUAUACUAAAAAAAGUUAGAAGUUAUUUAUAUAAUUUGAUAGUUAGAGAUAAAAUUGGUUGAUCACCUGGCUAUAAUUUUUCUGGACCUUUUUCUGGAGUAAUGUACAGUGAACACAAACCAUGAUUCCAGGAACCCCUGUAUAACAAAACCCCACUACAUUAAUAUAUAGGAAAUUCUGUGCCCCAGAUCUAGCAAAAUGUAUGGAAAGUUUAUAGCAAGAUAUACCCUUGUUCAAUAAAACUUUAACAUUUCUUUGUUUUUAAACAUGUAACAGUGUUCCAUGUUAUAGUGUUUGAAUGUGUAGGUGGAAGUUGUUAGUGAAGUCAAACUUUUUAUUGAACGUUUUUAAUACUUCCAAUAGAAAGAAGAAUUCAAAGCGUUUCCUCCCCCACUCCCCUGAAAAGUGCGUUGCUGCUGCAUGAGCUGAGAAAGACCACGUAAUAUCUGACUGCUUUUCACGCUGUAUUAGAAUACGAGUUGUGCCUCAUUUUCCAUUUUCGUCCAGCAAAUUACCUGAGCAUGUAUGUCACCUUCCUCACAAGUGGCAAUUUUAGAAGGCCUGAAACAAGUGGAUUCGAAUUCUCUUUAAGCAAGUGUCCUUGACAGGGUUUACAUGUAACUUUUAUUUCCAGUUUUCUUCAAAAUAUGUAGUUCAUUAGUAGAUCAAACUGCGUCCUUUUUUUUUUCUAACUAUUCAGGCCAAAGAAAAACAAGAAGAGUUGGCAAUGGACAUGAAAAUAUUGGAAAAACUCCUGGACGAUACACGGAAUGAAGUGAAGGAAGAAACGCAGAGAAAGGUUUGUACAUUGUUUUCCCAAUGUGAUUAAAAUGUUUCUAAGCCGAAUCAGAGAACAUUCAUCCCUUUCGCUAUAAUAAUUUUUUUCAUUUUUGUCAAUUUAUAAGCAAAAGUUCCCAUAAUACAAUAUGUAGAGGCUAUAUAUAGCCUUAAUUUCUUCAAAGCGUUUUGACAUACAUGUAUGCCGACAAAAUUGGUCCAGACUGAAUCUUGGGCUUUUGUUCAGAUACUUCUUAAGUAAUUUAACGUCAAUUUUUAUAGUUCUUAAUUUUUGACAAAAUUGAAGCUUAAUUUUGGUCCUUACGUUUUCGGUUAACAGCGUGAACUGCGCGAAGAGAACUUGCGUUUUAUGCAGUACUGUGCAAUGAACCGAAAGGAAGAGGAGGAACGUGAAAGGGAAUUGGAAAGACUUGUGAACGAGGAAGUGGAAAAGAAAUGGGCCCACACUAUGAAGCAGUACAGACUAGAGAGAGACGCUCGUCAAAAACUCCUGGCAAACGUUAUGAAGACGAGACAAGAACAAAUCGAAGAAAGAAGUAAGUUGAACUUGAACUUCACUCCUCUUUAUUACAAUACAGGCGUCAACAAAACUGAAUCGGAUCGGAUCAAAUUAUUCCUCUUAAUAUUCUCUAAAUUACAAAAUGUUAGUGAUUGGCUUUCAUAGGUUGAUAGGAUCCAGUCUGAUCCAGGUCAACUGCCAUUCAAUACUUUCUAACCUUGUCUGGUCCUAAGCAAGAAAGGUUCAACGCAAAAGUUUUGGUUUGCAACCAACUGGCAAGGCGGCCAUGUUCGUUAACAACACAUUACUUAUUUGUAUGAUAAAAUUUACGCGAUAAAAGAUUUACAUUGUAAUUUCCCAGGUGAGGACAAGGCAAAACGAAAAAAGAGUCUAAUACAGAUCUUUUACGAUCUACGGCCCUUUUUUUGGAUUUAUUAACAUCUUGCCGAAACAGCCAAUCAAAAUUACUUCGGUUACACUCCUUUUUUAAGUACGCGUGAGAAAACUGAAAUUUUUUUGCCAAACAAAUAAAACAACGAUUUUUUUGUUGACGCCGAUGCCUGAGGGUGAAAAUUUUUGAUAAGAGUGCGACUUGAUGUUCUCGUUAUUCUGGCCUGGCGAUAUCUGAAAGUCUAAGACGAAUAUAUCGCGACUACUUAACAGAGAACGUGUGCAAGCUCAGGCUAAAAUGAGCCUGAACUUACGAUAUUUUUAGUAAAAACAAGUGUAUACUAUUGUGUUUAUUGACGUUUUCAAGUGCUUCCUUGACUUUCCUCUACCCUUGCCUUGUCAUUGUACUUUAUGAGCCGACUGUGGAAGAAUGUUGAUCCAUUAUGGAUUAAUCAGCGUAGUAUGUUUAGUGAGUGCUUGUUAUGCACAAAUUUAAUUUUUUUCCCCUUAUAUUCGCUCUUGUUAUUACCAGAACGUAGACUGAUUUUUGUUGUUGUUGUUUUUUGCUCAGAACGACAUGCAGAGGAAGAGCAGGAGGCUGAGCGAGCAGAAAGAGAAGCGUUACUAUCCGCCAUUGAAGAGCAUAAACGACUAGAGGCAGAAAAUGAAGAAAGAAUAAAAAACAGAAAUGUCUCAUUCCAGCGUGACCUUGACAUGCAGAUCGACUAUCAACGACGAGUGAAAGCCAAAGAACUGGAAGAGGAGGAGAGGGAAUUUAGAAUGGGACAGGUCAGUUAAGAGGCUGUAAAGAUGGUACAGUCAUUGUCUUUUUUUAUAAUUGUUGUCUUGAAAAGCAACUUCCGUAACAAUAGUCUCAAUACAAACCAGUUUUCCUCGUACUUUGGAAAAAACAAAAUGGGCGAUCCGGCCGUACCUAUUUGAAAGAUUGUUUGUGAUUGGCUGGGAAAACAAUAGGGGUUGUCACGUAUGAAUGCCCCUAUCCCUGAAAACAAUGGAAGUGCAGAUUAAAGGGGGGCUAUGAAAUAAGAGGUUUAGAACGGUACAGGUCUACUGGAAAAAAAUCACUAUAGCUAUCCGGUACAACUAACAUGAGGAAAUAUAUUAUUGCAUAAAGAUCGAAAUACCAAAAAUACUUCAUCCACUGUUUGCGGCGUAACGUAGCCUGCGAACAAGCUCAACUAAGCGCUCCCUUUUGAGUGGCAAGCAAAGCGAGACGUGAGCCGCUCGCGCGCGACGUUUCGCGAUAUCCUCUGAAGGGAGAGCGUGCUCUCAGGCUCACAGCGGCUUCUCAAUACUCACCACCUCAAGUUACCUCUUGCGAGACAGGCAUUUUCAUUUCGAGAGCAAGCACAUGGCUGUACAAUCUUGAAAAGGUCUUGAAACUUAGUAGUCGUCUUGAAAAGUCCUUGAAUUCAGUUACACUGUAAGGUCCUUGAAAAGUACUUGAUUUCUUUAUUGGGUCUUAAAAAGUCCUUGAAAUUCACCACCUUGUCUACGCCAGCCACCUUUGAUUUUUUUGUAAAAUAAGAUUAUUUUGCGGAGGAAAAUUUGGCCCAUCCUCGGUGUAAGAACCUGUAAAACUCACGGGUAACGUGUGCAUAAACAAAAUUUUAUUUCUGCUUCUUUAUUCUAAAUACUAUUCUGUACCUCACAUGCAUCCGCAAGUCAUACCCAGUCAUUUUGUUGUAAUUUUUGCGGAAAGUACUAUAAAAUAAUGUGAUCAACGUUGAACGAAGAAGUAAAAAUCGUAAACGACUCCAUGACGUGUUCUUGCCAAUAGGGUAAUCAAAAAGGGGGUUGACGAAUGCCGAUUUAUUGCAUAAAUUUCAGUCCUUGAAAACUGUAAUUUGUCCUUGAAAAAUCCUUGAAAAGUCCUUGAAAUGUGUUUGUCUGAAAUUGUACGAACCAUGAAGCAAGACAAGUUCACACCCUUCCAUACCCCAUCCUUUCACCUCUCACGAGCUCGUGAGAACGGGAAAGAGGGUCGCGUAUGUUGUAUUUGACCAUCCUUAUUUCCAAAGCGAUUCCUGUUACUUUCUGAGUAGAAUUGUUCCCUCCUCCUUCUCUAGUCCAAAUUUCUAAAAUUCCCCCCUUUUUCUCCUCACGGUGUCUUUAUCCUCCAAAGAAUUGUCAAAAGUGCUUUUGCAGAGAAAGAGGAUGGUAAUGGUUUUGUUUCUGUUACAGGAGGCUGAAGCUGAAUACCAACGAAAGCUGAAGGAAGCCCUUGAGCGACCAGCCAUCGAUAGAGUACACCCCAUGAGGAUUAUGGGAUCGGCUCUCAGGGCUAAAUCCAACUAGAAAUCCUUACUAAAACCACUUGCCCGAGUUUGAACUUCUGUAUUUUUAGAAUUAACGAAUAUUAAAAACAAACAAUCAUGUAAACAUUUCUAAUACUUGUAAAAAAAGGUUUUAAUUGCUGUCGAUUAGGUUAGCAGAAUUGUGUAUUUAUCAAUAACCUGAGAAUGAAAUGUUCCUCAGUUGUGCAGG